AUGAGUGUACGUGUGGUGUUUGCAGCCGGCUUGGAAGAAUGCUGCGAUAACAUGUUUCAUGACAAGUCAGUGACUUGCAUCUUGCCCGUUCAGCCACAUCGGCUCGAAAGCAAAUCCUGCAGGAGUCAGGAGCGUGCCGUUGCUUGCACCGAUCCGUACAUGGCAUACAUGGCUUGGCUGAUGCUGACCUGGGUUCUGAUGCUGUGUCCCACUUCGGCAUUUCGCAGUGAGCUCGAGUCAAGCGAGGAGCUCCCGAGCGAACUUUCGACCCUCACCUCUGGCUUAAAAGCGGCAUCCUGCCGCGGGCAAGUGGAAGGCUUGAUGGUCGAUUUGCUGCGUGUUUGUGAACAGCGGAGAGCCCACCAAUGCCCAGACGGGCUUCAAAAACUCUUCACCAAAGGUGCCGUUGUUUACUGGAUGGAUCAAACGGUCAAGUUGCAGAAAGAUGCAGUGUUGUGGGCCGGCUUCUGGAAUGGUGGCCAGGCGGGCCGCACAACCAAGGACGACCUCUUUCGGUUUGUGAGGCUGAUGGGCAUGCAAACCGUCCACCCGGACACAGGGCUGGGAAAGCUUGUGGAGAAGAACAAUGAUUUAACAUCGUGCCAGGACGAGAACAUUGUGAACAAUUUUUGGAAGUCCGCAAGCAGUGCUUUCAUCAAGCAAAUGGCAAUUAAAGGACAGAGCAAGCUGCUUGUUCUCGUGAACAAAGCAAUUGACCAGACAGCCUUUGGUCUCCUCAACUCUGUGCUGUACAAAUACGAGUUACCCUGGGUUAGAUUUCAACAUUCACAAAAAUCCAGAAAUUGGCAUCCUCAAGUUCUGUUCGUGGACAUGCGUGCUAACUGCCACAACCUGGAAAAGGCAGUUGCUGUUGUGCUGAAGACUGUACCAUUUGAGUGCAUCGAGUGCAACGAGGCGUGCGGAUUGGAUGAGACUUUGCGGGCAAGGGUACAGCAGAACCUCUAG